AUGCGAGACAGAGUACUCCAAAUACUCCACAAACAACACCAAGGCAUAGAGAAAACACGUCUCAGAGCCAGACAAUCAGUAUAUUGGCCUGGUCUGAAUGCAGACAUAGAAUACAUGAUAAAAGAUUGUAACCAAUGUCAAACCUAUCAGAGAAGUCAGUCAAAACUCCCAGUACAACCUAUCUACAGUACUGAACCUAUGAACACGAUUGGUAUCGACAUAUUCGAGUUUGAAGGCUCCCAAUACCUUUUAAUCAUUGAUUACUAUGCUGGUUAUAUUUGGGCAUAUAAGUUACAUAACAUGACUAGUUCAACUGUCAUCAGCAAGAUUGAUGAAAUAUUCUCCAAUUUUGGAUACCCAACAGACUUAAUAUCGGACAAUGGGCCACAGUUUACAAGCAGUGAAUUUCAAGAAUAUUGCCAGACUCAUGAGAUAAGACAUACAACAAGUGCACCCCAUCACCAACAAGCCAAUGGACGCGCAGAAAGAAAUAUAUACACAGUCAAAAUUAUGCUCAAAAAGUCUCUUCAGAAAAGGGAGAAAAACCUGAGGGAAAUCCUGACAACAUUGAGAGACACUCCCAUUACAGCUGAUAUUUCAUCUCCAUUUGCGUUAAUGUUUCCCAAUAGAAAGGUCAAGACCAAUCUCCCAUUUCUACAGUAUGGACGUGAUCAGUCUACAAAUAGUUAUAAGAAGAAGAUUGAACAGAGAGCAAAAUCUUAUGGAAGUCAAACGGACAUUACACCACUCAAAUCAAAUUCUCCAUGUAGAUUCCAGAAAACACCAGGUUCACCAUGGCAACCUGCCAUAGUCAUUAACAAAUUAUCUGACAGAAAAUACACAGUGCAGACGCCUGACAGCGCUCAAUACCAACGCGAUUUAUCUCACAUCAAACCAGCACAUGAUAGGCCAACUAUGGAUAUGCAAACCAACGAUACUGCAAGCAAGUUGAACCAGGAACCACAAGGAAUAAAAAAUGCAUCCAACAAAAUUAACUCGCCUGCCAAAGAAAGACCACAGAGACAUUGCAAACCUCCUGCAAAAUAUAAGGAUUUUGUAUUGACAUAA